AUGCAGUCAAGGUCGUUCGAAUGGAAAAUAUCAAGAUCGAGUGUGAUCCGUUUGAGUGUGGGUGAAGAUAUUUUACAAGAAUCAAAGUCAUUGGUUGAUUGGAAUACCAACUCCUCAAUAACUGGAGAACCGGAGAGUAGGCGAGCGAUGUCGGAGGAAGAUAUUUUUGUUGAUCAUAUAGGUGCCGAGUCUACAGGUACUGACGUAAUUGAUUUGGAGUUUGACGAUAUGGGUAUCCCGUUGCACCUGGGAGGUACAAGUUGGCGGUGGCAAUUAGUAACGAGGUUACGCAUUGGGAUAAUUUUGAUCCAUGGAACUUGGAAACUUCCUGAAAAUGAGGCUACAAAGAAAUUGUUCAAUGAGACUGCUAACGGUCGUUGGAAAGAUGCAAAAACUAAAAGAUUGAAUGCAGUUUUUGAUAGAGCUCCAGACCUUGCCACUGCUAAGGCAAAUUGUCCAAAUAAGAUUAGUGCUCAAACUUGGGAGAAACUAUGUGAUCAAUGUCAUUCUAUUUCCACUCCUGGUGUUGAUGGGAAGUCCAAAUCAACCAAAUGCAAGGACUCGCGAAAGAAAGUCUCGACAGACCACCAUUGGGGUCGAACUAGUAUCAAUAGUUGGUCCCACAAUCAUUUUAAAAAAUUUGGCAAAAGUUCUACGGUGUUUGAUACGUAUAAGAAAGCAUAUAUGGGUAUUGAUGCACCGAGGGAAACCAGGCCAAAUAUUAGUGAGGAAUGAGAUACAGAAGAACCAUAUAAUGGGAUAGCAAUUCCUGAACAACUUCGCAUUUCGGUAAGUGUAAUGCAAUUUUUUUCUUCAAUUGGU